AUGAAUCUCAACGACUUUCAUUUGUUGGAGCAUGACUAUGCUAAUGCACCCCCACAAAAUCCUAUAUUUAAUAUGAACCUCAACAAUCAUGUCCCUGUUCUUCAUUUGUUUGAGCAUAACUAUGCUAAUGCACCACCUCAAAAUGCUAAUUUAAAUGCGGAUCUCAAUAAUAUUGCCCAUCGACUUCCUCGAUUGCAAAAUGAUGUUGAUGUUGCUGGUGCACAAAGGAGGGCUGAGCAUGCUUUACGUGAAAGGGCAAGGGCGGCCAAUUUAACUUAUGAACAAGCUCAACAACGUAGGGAGCAAGAUGCAGUAUGGCACAACCAAAGACGUGCUAAUGAAAAUGUUCAUGAAGCUAAUGCUCGCCAACAGGUAGAUGCACAACGUCAUCGUGCGAAUAGAGAAAAUGAAUUACCGCAGCAAGCAGCAGUAAGGCGUAGGGCAGAAUUAUUGCGUCAUCGAGCUAGGGUUCCACGUUUCUUAAAUUUAGCCAGAAUUAACAAUGUCCUCCUACACAUUCUGCAGUGUUGUCACAAUGGCAAAGUGGCCCUGCCUGCUAUAUUACAAUUUCCUGCUGAAAUACGUGAAUUGUUAAGCAACAACUCUGCCCAAGCUAAACAGUUUCGUAAGUAUAUCAGAGUAUACAAUAAUGCAUUUAGUUUUGCUUCUUUGUCAGCAAACAUUCCACCACCACCAGGUCAUGGACCCCCCUGUUUUAGAAUAUGUGGUCAAUUAUUUCACAGAGGCUGCAGCUGCCUGCGUAUUGAGAAUCCGACACAUGCUCAUUGUAAUCGUGAAACAAUGCAGAUAAUUCAAGAUGUUCUUAACAGGGAUUCUCCAUAUGCUGCAGCUUAUAGAAAUAUGGCUGAAGUGGAACGUGAAGAAACAGCCAGAGCAGCAGCAGAAAACAGACAGCCUUCCGUUGUAAGUAUGGUAAUGCGCGAGGGUAAUGAUCGCAGAAGGUAUAAUGCACCCUUGCAUCAGGAAGUUGCUGCCAUCUUUGUUGGUAAUGAUGGAGCACCUCCUGCUGCAAGAGAUAUUGUUGUUUAUCCACGUAAUCAACCUUUGCGGCAAAUCCCUCAUAUAUCAUGCAAUAUUGAUCCUAUGAUGUAUCCUAUUUUAUUUCCACGUGGUGACCUUGGUUGGGACCAAAACAUGGCCCACGUCAGGGAGCAUGCAACUGGAGUAAGAAAUAGGCUAACCCAGUUGGAAUAUUAUAUUUACCGCAUUGCUAUUAGACGAAAUCAAAAUCAGCUUCGAGCAGAGUCCUACCAAGGACUUCUGGAUUACCUCCAAAAUGCUGCAGAUCAACGUAACUUACAGACAGGUAAUGUUGUUGUCUUGCCUUCUACCUUUUCCGGCUCACCCCGCAACAUGCAUCAGUUGUAUCUUGAUGCAAUGGCAUUGGUUUCAAAAAAAGCCUCUGAUCGUAAGUAUUCAAAUGAGAUUUCAAAGCCACCUAUUUUGGAUUCAACAAACAGUUUAGGAAAAACUGGGCAAGGACCAGUAUAUGAUUAA